AAACAGCCAUUCGUGGAGAGAAAGGGCCAGCCCAGCCUUGUUCUGCCUACAUUUUGUACUGGCCUUUAUUUCCCCCUCCUCUUAAGCAAUGCAGAAUGAGUGAUCAAAAGGAGGAAAGUAUGGCUACCUUAACUGAAGGAGGGAAACCUGGUGAAUAUUUACAGAUCAAAACAACAGGUUCACAGGACACCCAGCCCUCUCCUCUCGCCCUGCUCGCAGCCACUUGCAGCAAGAUCGGAUCCCCGGGCCCGCCUGAGAGCCCGGUCGCCUGCAACGCUCUCCCCGCCGCCGGACAAGUGCUGCUGGAGCCGAGCUCGGGGGCGGUGCAGCCUCAGCAGCUGGAGCUGGUCACCGCUCAGCUCUCCGGAAACGGUUGGCAGAUCAUCGCUUCGGGGCCGGCGGCGGCGUCGGCGGCGAAAGAUAGCGUUGUCACCCACCAAGUCUCCACCGGCACCACCACCAUCGGCACCGGCACCGGCAGCGGCUCGACCAACGGCAACGUUGCAAGCGCGCAAGAUGGCAGAGGGUCGCCCAUCGACAUCAAACCAAUCGUGCUGCCGGUGCAGAGCGUCCCGAACCCGUCCAUGGUGGUCAACGCCGCCACCAACACCACCGCCACCGCGGCGGCGGCCGUCAGCGGCAACGUGCAGUAUCAGCUCAUCCCGCAGAUCCACACGGUGGACGGUCAGCAGUUUCACAUCAGCGCCGCCAACCUGCAGCAGGACUCGCAGGGGCAGCUCCACAUCAUCCCGGCGGGGAGCGGCAGCCCCGGGAGCACUGCUGCAAACGCACCGACGUUAACCUUGGCCCAGGGGCCGCCGCCGCCGCCGCCGGGAUCCUCCCCACAGCCCAUCCAGCUCAGGCCCGGCCUGUCCAUCCCGCUGCAGCUGCAGGGAGUCGGCCUCCCCGGGGCCCAGGCCCAGGUGGUGGCCGCUCUGCCCAUCAACCUCGGAGGCGGUUUUGUGCAGCCUGCGGACGGCGGGGCCGCCAACGGGAAUCCGCUGCUUUCCGCCCCCCUCUCCGCCGCCUCCCUGAGCAGCGCACCGGCCUCCCCCGCCCCCGCCUCCCCCGCCCUCUCCGGCAGCGCCGAGGCCGGUCCGCCCGCCUUCACCGCCGCCUCCAGCCCCGACCCGGCCCGAGAGGAGACCGCGGCGGCCCCGGCCGGUCUGGUGCACUCCAACGGCCUGCAAACCGCGCAGGGCCCGGGGCCGCCUCCGCAGCUGCACGUUCAGUCUCCGCAGCUGCAGCAGCAGAUCGUUCAGACGGUGCCCCAGCGCGCUCUGCAGGCCCUCCAGGCCGCUGCCGUGCAAGGGCAGGCGGGGCACCAGCAGAGCCCCACUCAGGUGAUCAUCAGGGCCCCGAGCCUGACCCCCUCCGGGCAGAUAAACUGGCAAACCAUCCAAGUGCAGAACAUCCAGAACCUCUCCAACCUGCAGGUCCAGAGUGCCCAACAGCUGACCGUGACCCCCGUGUCCUCCAGUAACUCUGGUGGGGCUGCAACCAUUGCCCAAAUCACUCCCGUGACCGUCACCGGCGGUGCCAUCAACUUAACCGCAGCCCAACUCGCGUCAUUGCCAAACCUCCAGACGGUCAACAUUGGCAGCUUGAGUUCAGGCGGAGUCCAGGUCCAGGGGAUACCGGUGGCCAUUGCCAAUCUCGCAGGUCAACAGAGCCAGGAUGGAGGAGACACCAAAUGGCAUUUAAAAGUACAACCUGCAUCUGUAACUCCAGUUACAGUAGCUGUUGGAAACAUUGCAAAUGCAACGCUAGGCACAGUUAGCCCUAACAAUAUCACCCAGGUACAGCUGCAGACAACUAGUGACCAAGACACGCAGCCUGGCAAAAGGCUUAGAAGGGUUGCCUGCUCAUGCCCCAACUGCAAAGAUGGGGAAGGAAGAGCCCCCAGUGAACCAGGGAAGAAGAAGCAGCACAUUUGCCACAUUGAGGGCUGUGGAAAAGUCUAUGGGAAAACCUCCCAUUUAAGAGCACAUCUUCGCUGGCACACUGGUGAGAGGCCAUUUGUGUGCAACUGGCUGUUCUGUGGCAAGCGUUUCACACGGAGUGAUGAAUUGCAGAGGCAUAGGAGAACUCACACAGGUGAAAAAAAGUUUUCUUGUCCAGAGUGCUCCAAGCGGUUUAUGCGAAGUGAUCACCUAUCAAAGCAUGUUAAAACCCACCAGAACAAGAAGGUUGCUGCUGUCAUCCAGAGCGUGGUUGGGAGCCCUUCCCCGGGUAUGGAGUCAUCUGUGGCAGAGGUUCUCGUCUCUCCCAGAAUAGUGGCCAUAACCACAACCUCACAGGAGUCCAGUCCGGCAAUGCCAGCUAUGGAAAACACCAUUGAUGAGUACUGAGGGUUUUAAACAUGUGAAGUGGUCCAGCAUCAGCACUUACUGAUUUGUAUCUCUUCAAAGAAAUAGAAAAGAUGUUGUUGAAAAAUUUAGGAGAGAGUUAAAAAAAAUCAUUUCCAAGAAUCCAUUUGAUAAAUCCAUUGGGAAGCUUGGAUUCCUAAGCAUUUAACUGGACAAAACGGCAUUCUACAAGGUAGCUGUUCAGUUUUUAAACUCUGUUAACGAUCAUCACUUUGCUGAGUAAAUGAUUGUACAUUAAAUGAUUUGCAGUGAUUUACCACUGUUUACUUGAAGGGUAAUUGAUAGGAAAAAAAAUGGUUCUAAACGCAUUGCUUCUUUUGACAAUACUCAAGACUGUCAAUCCAAUUUUUUUAUUUUAAGGAAUUUUGUUUUAUUGCACUCUUAAUUAACAAGAAUAUAUUAAUUAUGAGGAUAUCUUUAGUUUUUUUUAAAUAGCGUUUUUGUGAAUGGAUCCCAGUAACUUGCUUUCUGCCACAACCUUGGGUAGAGCUUGUGUGAUUUUUGUAGAAACGUUGUGCACUGUUCUAAGGGGCUCCAAUAAUCUGUUUCUCAACUCCUUCAACACCUUUCCACCCCCACUGGAUGACAAUCAAUCUUUCGGAGAAUUAUAAUCGCCUGAAUCGUAUCCUUUUCAAUAAGACUUAAAAAUUUAGAAAAGAAUUGCAAUCUAAACAAAGAGAACUGGUUUCAGAUACAUGGCAGCAAUACUGCGAAAAAACUCAAAUGUGUUCUGUUUUGAUUCAGCUUCUGUGCAAAGAGCAUAGUUUUAUUCCAUGUUCUAUGCAGAUGUGGAAUAUGUUUCUUUAACAUUUACUCACGAUGAGCUUUUGUUCCCUGCUUCAGUUUAAUUAUUCAAGCGUCUUUCUUGGAUCAUUUAGAUAACAACGCAGAGGGAACGUUUGUAUUGCAGGGUGUGUUCAGAAAGCCUCAUCUAUUUCUUCGUAGAUGAGAUUAUUUGUUUUGAAAACUUUUGAGAAGUCAAGCAAGUUCACAAAAGAUUUUUUUUAAAAUGAACAUGGUGCAAAAUUCUUGUACUUAAAUGUCUCGAAUUAUUUUUCAUCCAAACGUAGGUCGAUGUUUUAGACAGGCUUGUCGAUUUGUUCAAAAUAAUCUAUCCACAAACCAGUGAGAAUAGAGGAUUUGUUUUGUUCAGCUUUUCUUCACUUUUUUGUGUGUAUACGUAAGUGUUUUUGUUUGUUCUUCCCUUGUUUUUAAUAAAUUGUACGUUCACAGUGUGUUUGCUUUUCACCUUGAUGGAUCUUCUCUUGGAGAUAAGAUCGGCGCUGAUUUGAUGAAAUAUCCCAAUUGAAAGCUUUGUUUCAAUGCUCAUUCCUUUUUUGUAUAAAUAUGUUUAUACCACUGAUUUACUUGUGUACUUUGUCAGUCUUAAUUCUUGGUAAAGCUAUAUAAAAUGAUGAUAUAUGUAUAGUUCUAUGAAUGGUCAGUGUUGCCAUUUGUAAAUCUUGCCGUUUUUUUCAGUGAGUUAAGUGUCUGUUGCAAGUAGGACAUUGCUGUAGAUUACAGUUCUGAAAUUUGCAUCUCGAGUUAUUAUUUAUCACAAGUGUUAUUUACUAGCUUAUCUUAUGCAAGGCCAGGAACGAAUGAGAUAUAUUUGUAGGUGCAAGUAAACUUGUCCUUUUGGAAGCAGCAAAAUAAAAACAUUUAUAUAUCUAGAUAUAUAUAUAGAUUUUCAACAAUUUGGUGAUGUAACCACUGCAUUGUAACCUAUAGUUUUGUUUCUGGUCUUGCAGGGUACGUUUGCUUUAACUUAUGUCCGCUUCCAUUUGUGGUUAUAAUCAUGCAUGAAAUGAUUAAAAAUAAAUAAUUUCCCAUAGAAGUGAAUUCUAAGUAACUUACAGAUGUUUAAGAAUUAAAAAAACAUAGUUAAUAUGUGUACAAAUAUUAAGAGGGAAUAUUGUUGAUGUUUAGGGAAAAAAAUUGGUUUUGAAUAUCAGACUUUCUACAACAAAAUUAUUAAACUGAAUAUUUUGUUACAAUAAUUCACUUGUAAAUCUUUUUUUAAAAUGUGUUUUCCUGGCAUCAUAAACUUUUAAUAAUGGAUUCUGCCAGAAUGGCCUUAAAGGCUUGAUUUGUUCACAUUUUUAUAAAGCAAAUUUGUAUAAAAGAGUGCAUUUUGUGGAAAAAAAAUUAAUGUUUUUCACCUGCAACAGAAAACUGAAUUUGUCCAUUAAAAUAUCCUUUAAGUUGAAA